UGAACUGUAUGGAACUGUAUGUUAUACUGAAAUGAAAUUGUAUUUUGAACACUCGCUCAUCUAAACAAAAAGUCACAAACGAAAAUCAAUUUAAACAAAUCAAGUGGAUUUUUAUAAUAUUUUUAAAGUUACCUGGAGAGUUACUAUCGUAUUGGUACUUUUAACAAACUUUAUCUUAUCUUAUUAUAACACAAAAAUCAAAUUCUAUAACUGCACGAUUUACGGGAUUUACGAUGGUCAUGCACUAAUAAAUAAUAAUAUUAAUAACUUCGCAAUAUUUUUUUCUAUAUAUGUAUUAUACUUCGAAAAAUGUUAAAAUAUGCAAAAUAAUUUGAAAUGUUCCAAAUAUGCAAAAAUAUACCAAAUUUAAUUUCGCAUACCAACACAGAUUAAGAUUCAAAUUCCUGUCUUACUUCAGCUACUUUUUAGUUUAAUAUAUAAAAAUAUGCAAAUACAUACAAUUCCGGGCCCUACUCAUUAUGUAUAGAAAAUCAGAGUUUUUAUUGUACAAAUAUAUAAAUUUAUUAUUUAAAUAUUGGUGGUGGAAGUUUGUCCUACGUCUCUUCGGUUCUGAACCGUACACGUGUACGGGUAAUAACCAUUAAGUAAUAUGAAAAAGAAAGGCUUUAGCACCUUCAGUUUUUUCAUUGAAAUUGCGCACAGGACAAAGAUUUACUCAAUAAGAUACAAUGGCAGCUUUUUUAAAUAUGCCUAGUAUGUCAUACAUGUCAUGGUUAAAUGGUUAAAAUAUAGGAAAUCACGUCUUAAAUAUCUUAAAUUAUCAGCUUCAAAUUUUGGAAAAGUGUGAAAACUUAGAGCAAGCACUUCUUGGGCAAACACCUUCAAGAAUGUACUCUAUGAUAUUUUUCAAGGAAACUGCCACUCGAUAAGUGUAAUGGUAUGGAAUUGAAAAUGAACCGAUGGCCAAAGAGAUUUUGAAAAAAAAUAAUAUUAAAAUUGAAUCAGCAGGAUUAUUUAUACUUACGACUCUUAAUUAUUUAGCUGCGAGUCCCGAUGGACUAAUUGGCAAAGCGCAAUUAUAGAAAUUAAGUGCUUUCAAAGUAUAAAAGAGUAUACGCCGGAAGGAACUGUAAAUAACAUAAAAUUAAAAUGUAUGAUAUAUAAUGAUAGAAAAUUAAUAUUAAAAAAAAAAAAAAUAAUUGUUAUUAUUUCCAAGUAUAAGGAAAAAUUAAUUUUACAAAACGAAAAUUAUGUUAUUGUGUAGUGUGGACACCCAAAGGUAACCGUAUUUUAUAUCUGGUCACCCUAAACAUUUUUUGACUUGGUGUGGACCCGGAUUUAUAAGUAGUGAGUUACAAAACUCAAACCAUUCUAUUUAUAAAACCCAAUAGCUCUGGUUUUUACGUAAGAUUGAAGAAUAUUAAACGAUAGCGGCACAAUGUCAUGUAAUCAUACUAAUUGCAGAUAAAAUGGAAAUAAAGACGUUAUAGAAAUUUAAUCUGUGGUUUAAAUGUAAUAACGAGUAUUGGAAAAAUUUGAAGUUUAAUGAAUCCGUUGGAUUGUUGCAAUCGAUACUAUCUAAUUCUAUUUAAUUUACGGUUUUUUUUUAUUUGUAUUGCUACUUACUGUUCAUUAUCUGUUAUAAUUUUUUAUUGAUGAUUGAUUAAGUAUACAUUACCGUAGUCCUUUUAAUUUUACAGUUUCAUAGAUUUUUAGUUUGACACGUUUGCUAAUUAUGGAUUCAUAUGACGUUGUUGGUGUUCUUGGACGCGGAGCUUUUGGGCAAUGUUGUUGAAUUGGUUAGAGAUUUUAAUUUGAAAAAAUUAGUUGUGAUGAAAACUAUAUAUAUUAAAUCCAUGUCAACAGAUAACGUAAAGGAAGCCGUCAAAGAAACUCAGAUUCUUCAAAUGUUAAAUCAUCCAAACAUAAUCAAAUAUUAUAAUAGUUUCCAAAAAGGUCAGAAUUUUUACAUAAUUAUGGAGUAUGCCACUCAUGGAACUCUUGAACAAUUUGUCAACAAAUGGGCUCAAACUUCAAGCCAUAUUGUUCAAACUUGCGUCUUAAAUAUCAUUAGUCAAGUUACAAUGGCUGUAGAUUAUAUCCAUAAAAUUAAAAUUAUACACCGUGAUAUCAAUCCAAUGAAUAUUUUACUAACAGGAAGUCAAGGUACAGUUGUAAAACUUGGGGACUUUGGUGCUUCUCGCAUUUUAACCAGUGACAAAAUAGCUUAUGAAAAUUAUUGCACACCGAGUUAUAUGCCUCCAGAGCAAUGUAGCGGGAAAUCUUUAAGAUUGAAAAGUGAUAUAUGGCAAAUUGGUUGCGUCUUAUAUUAUUUAAUAACUAUGAAACAUCCUUUCUGUGGACAGAGUUUAGCAGUUACAAUAUCGUGUAUUAUGGAAGGAGUUUUGAGUCCUUCUGAAAAAAUGAAAUAUUAUGACCAUGAUGUAAUAAGGCUUAUGCAUGAAUUAUUGAGCUGUGAUCCGACAAGUCGACCUAAUGCAUCAGCUUUACUUUCACAUCCAUAUAUACUGCCUUAUGUAUUGAACAGCAAUUGUCACUGGUUCAAAGCUGGUAGGAAAAUGUUAAAUUAAAACUAGUAUAUUGACACAAAUAUUUUUUGUUAUUUAAGUUUGAAUUAUAAUAUUAAUAUUUCAUUUAAAUGUAUUAAACAUUUUUUUUUUUUUAUGACACUAAAGUUAACAACUAAGGAGUGAAAUUUUUGAUUUAUAAAAUGUUAAAUUUAUGUAA